CGAGGCGCGCCUACUUGGGCUGCAGCCCCCUGUGGGCCUUCCUGCUGCAAGGCGCGCGGGAGGAGGCACGGCUUGGCGGGAAGGCGAGGAGAGCCUGCGGGAGCCUCCGGGGCUGGCGGCGGCAACGAGUGGGAGCCGAGGUUCGUCCGCAGCACACGGAACGGAGCAGAAGGUGGCUGGGCCCGGCGAAGCCGCGAUGAAGCCGAGCAGCGAGGAGGAGGAGGUGGUCCAGGGCGUGGGCCCCUGGGACGAGUGCUUCGAGGUGGCGGUGCAACUGGCGCUGAGAGCCGGACAGAUAAUCAGAAAAGCCCUCACAGAAGAAAAACAUGUCUCCACAAAAACAUCAGCUGCAGAUCUUGUGACAGAAACCGAUCACCGAGUAGAAGAUCUAAUUGUUUCUGAGUUGCGAAAACGGUUCCCUUCACACAGCAGGUUCAUUGCAGAAGAGGCCACAGCCUCCGGGGCCAAGUGUGUGCUCACCCACAGCCCGACCUGGAUCAUUGACCCCAUCGACGGCACCUGCAACUUCGUGCACAGGUUCCCCACUGUGGCAGUUAGCAUUGGAUUUGCUGUUCACCAGGAGCUGGAAUUCGGAGUGAUUCACCACUGCACAGAGGAGCGGCUGUACACCGGCAGGAGGGGCCAGGGUGCCUUUUGCAAUGGCCAGCGGCUCCAGGUCUCCAGGGAGACAGAUCUCGCGAAGGCCUUGGUUCUGACAGAAAUCGGGCCCAAACGUGACCCCGAUACUCUGAAAGUAUUCCUGAGCAACAUGGAGCGGCUGCUACACGCAAAGGCUCAUGGGGUCCGAGUGAUUGGGAGCUCCACCUUGGCUCUCUGCUACCUGGCCUCGGGUGCCGCCGAUGCCUAUUAUCAGUUUGGCCUUCACUGCUGGGACCUGGCGGCUGCCACCGUCAUCAUUAGAGAAGCGGGUGGCAUUGUGAUGGACACCUCAGGCGGACCCCUUGAUCUCAUGUCGUGUAGAGUCGUUGCUGCUGGCACCAGAGAGAUGGCGGUGCUCAUAGCUCAGGCCUUACAGACUAUUAACUACGGACGGGAUGAUGAGAAGUGACGCACAGGCAGAAUGCGGCUCAAAGGCUGAAAUCCAACACCUCCCUGGGGAAGAGCUGUCCCAGUGGCCUGGGCUCCGAGACAAAAGUCCACCAUAGCUUUCACUGGACUUGGUGCUUAGCUGACUUUUUUGUACACUCAUAUAGCCCUUUUCAGGUCGGUACACGUUCUUUCAUCAGAGCCAAACCCAAAUCUCAUGUGAGGUGUGCAUUAGUCAUUCAUCUUGAUUGUUUCUCCAGAAUGCAAAUCUCAGGUCAUAAAGCUUUAGAACUUGCUCUCAGGCCCUCCUCUGCCCAUGGUAAUACACAAUGCAAUAAAUCAGAAUCACAGUGUUCUGCUUCUCGUCCCCCUCCAGCCUCUGGUCCUCAGGCUUCCCGAAACCCUAUGCUGGGCAGGCAAGGCUGUUUCUGCUAUCACCCCACAGAUUGUCUUUGCUCAGCUUGGAUGUCUGGCACCCCAACCUUGGCAAUGAGGAAAAUGUUUUCCCCAAAUAUCAAUCUCCUGAUCUACAGGCUGUAUUUAACUGCACACAGAUAAUCUUUAGCCAUUUUUUAUACUGCCUUUAGUGGACCUUCAGGGAGUAUGUGUGCUACAAAAAUUAAAAGGAUGUGUACAGAACCUUAUUGAAACCUACAUGUAUUAAAGGGGGGAAAUGGGAACUGAAAAACAAUACUAAAAUAUUUUGUGACAAACCUUUUUUUAAACAUAAAAUCUUUAAGGAGUUGCAACUUUUUAAAUGAUGAAGUUUUUUUUAGUUUGGGGUGUUUGGGGUGAGGUAGAACUCAGGACCCCAUGCACAUUAGACAUGAUUUCUACCACUGAGCUACAUGCCAGCCCUAAGAACCAGAGUUCUGGUUUCGACUUAAGCUGUGGCUCUAGACUGUUGAGCUAGGUGACAACAGACAAGGCCCACAAGAUUCUGAAGUAUCUGUACCAACAAGCCUCUGGGCCUUUUCCAUCUUGUAAACCUGGACAGUUCUACACAUGGCAUGCCAUCGUUGCUGUCAGGGAGAGAGACAGCGCCUUCCUUCUGUGCUAGAAAAUACCUUGUUCUUAGUGGGGCGUUUGCAUGUUUCCGCCACUCGUCUGUAAUAUGCGCACUGUGCCCUUGUCAAGCCCUCUUUCUCUUUGAGGUAGUUGUCCAUUACGUGCAGCUGCGCUGGCCAAAAGCAAAGCUCUCCAUGCAUCGUCCUCAUGGGAUCAAUUGCCCUGGUCUUUUCAAGCUACUGAAUCCUUCCAGAAGCAGAUAAGCCAUUUGGAGAGGACUUUGGGGUGCUUUUUGCUUUUUUCCCCCAUCUCCAGAACUUGCUCUAUUUAUCUCCAUGGUUCUAUUCAUUAUACUUGCACUGUUCUGUAGGUGGAUUGUUCUGUUUCUUUGAGACAGGGCCUCCUGGAUCCCAGGCUGGCCUGGAACUUUCUAGAUAGCCAAGGGAUAUCCUUGAUCUCCUGCUCCUCCAGCUUCUACCUUCGCAUUCCUGGGAUUACAGGCGUGUUCCACCAUGCCUGGCAAUAAGAUGUUUUCUGAUUACCAGCAGGCCCAGAUUUGUACUUUCUUUCUUUUUUCUUCAGAAUAUACCCCAAACAGCACCGGGCACAUAUGCAGAUGCAGGAGAAAUUCCUCAGAUUCUUCAACAUGCGUUUUGAUAUGUAGUGCUUAAUUUUGAAGAUCUCCUGGAUUGAAUGAUUACGGAGGUUAUUGUCAAAUAAAUAACUCCACAGGAACAAGCUCUUCUCGGGUCCUCAGAGCACUGUCUAGGAUGACUCACCUGUUAGGGAAAACCAGAAAUGUUUUGUCCUGCUACCCCACAGCGUAGAUGGGCUUUGCCUGAUUGAAAAACCAUUUACAGUCUGCACUCUGGAUUCUAGGUACAGCCUCAAAACACACUGCCUAUGCCUCCCCUCAGCAAGAGACAACAUCCAUCUGUUUUUUUUUUCCUGUGGAGGCAGAGUAUAACUAGAGCAAAUGUGGGAAGUCUAAGCAGGGCCUGGAACACGGCUCAGUUGAUAAGUUUUUGCCUGCAGGCAUGAGGACCUGCAUUAAGAUCCCAGGCUGAGGAAGAGAAGCAGGAUCUCUGGGGCUCACUGGCUAACUGCUCCAGCCAAUCAGUGACCUCCAGGUUCAGGAAAGGAUGGUCUCAAAAAGUAAGAUGGAAAGCAACUUACCAAUGUCAGACUACCAAUGUCAACCUCUGGCCUCCAUGUACAUGCAGCGCGCACACACACACACAUACACACACUGAAGGUACAUAACCGAAGAGCCAACAUCUAUAGCCUGAAUCCAUUGGAACGAACCGUGAAUCAAUGGGGUAUGCAGUGUUGUGUGCAAAGCAUCAAUACAGAUAUUCAGGAAGGGCAGGCUCUGUGGAAACCAUUCAGAAGACCCCAAAUCAGCGGGUAGCUUGUCCUAGCUGCUUCAUGCCUUUCUUCCCCUGGCUUCCCAAUUCAGCCCCACAAAUUGCUUUUCUUAUCGGUGAAGAGGUCAGAAUAGUUGCAGUUUGAGAAUGUUCCCAUGGGCCUCGUAUCUACAUACCUGGUCCCCAGUUAGUGGAACUGUUUGGGAGGGAUUAGAAGGUGUGUCACUGGGGGUGGCCUUUGGGGAUUGGAAAGCCUGUGCCAUUCCCAGGUAACUGUCCCUGGUGUUUGUGGAUCGAGAUGUAAGCUCUCUCUUACUGCGCCAGCACCAUGCCUGCCGCCAUGCUUUCCCCCAUGAUAGUCAUGGACUCUAACCCGCUGCAACUGUAAGCCCCAAAUAAACUCCUCUACGAGA